AUGGAAUUUAACGACCCAUCGAUAGUGUCAGCUAUAGUGGCUGAAGAUCAACAGCAAGAGGCUUCUGGAACUGAUGCCAGUUUAGCACAAUUUUUAAAGCAAUUAAAAGCCAAAAAUGAAAAGACAAAUAAAAAUAAGGAUAUAGUUGAUGAUUCUUCAUCAGAUUCCAAAUCAUCCGUUGCUAGCACACCUAGCAUACAGUUGGAAGACAUCACUUCCAUCGUUGAUUACAAGCCAAAAACAGUUAUCAAAGCACAUGUAUAUAGUAUGAACGAACUAUUGGCUUUGAAAAAUGAAGUACCAUCAAAACUUUUGGAAGAAAAACUACUAAUGUUACCAAAGAAGAAAUUUUGGAGGCUGCAUUUGAAAUAUUCAGAGCAUAAAGGAAGCCACAGAAAUGCUAACAAUCAUAACAACAACACUAGUAACACAAGUGGUAGUAAUUCUAAACAAAGGUCUUUUGCCGGUGAUAAUGGACGUCAUCAUCAAUAUGAAAGAAGAAAUAGUAAGUCCAAGAAUUUCAGAAACAAUCAACGCAAAUCUUUACAGUCAUCUAGGGAUGUUGACGAUAGAUCAGAAUUCGAAUUUUUGAAAAGAUUACACAAUAAACACUCACAAAAUAAAGACUUCAAUGAAACUUUUGAAGGUUUGGAUAUUGAUAUUCAAAGUACUGGUAAUGCCAUUGCUGAUUUUGAAGCUUGGAAAGCCAAAAUGAAACAAAUUGAGCGUCAAAAAAAGGGUUUGCCAUUAGAAGAAAAUGAGACCAAACCAACAGGGCAGAAGCAAGCUCCAAAAGAAGAAGCUAUCACACAAGCUGGUGGAUCAUCAAAUGUAAUCUCAGAUUUUUUCAACUUUUCUAAUUCAAAUGAACUCGAUGAAGAAUUGAAACCAAUUGAAGACACUACUACAACUGCUUCUGCCGCUCAACCUGCACAGAAAUUAGGAAUCAACACAGGUUUAGAGACUUCAAGAAGCUCGUCUUCUAGAUUUACCUCAUUCUUUACCGCUCCAUCGUCCACAAAAGAUAUAUCAGAAAACGUAAACGUCAACAACAAAGACCAGUCAAGAACCCCUAAUAUUGAAGUAAGUGAACCUUUUUCGAACAAGCAAGCAAGUGGAUCAAGGUUGAUGAAUUUUUUCAAGGAUUCUCCUUCAAAUUCAACCACACCUAAACCAACACCAACACAAGCAAGAAAGGAAAACGUUACUAGUGACAAAAGAAAUGAUACUCAUGGUGAGCAAAUGCGUAACUUAAACUUCCAAAUGCCACCUUCUGGUGCUCAACAAAUGCCAAUGCCACAACAACAAUCUGCCAUAACAAAUACAUUUUUCCAAGGCUUAUUAAAUAAAAACAAAAUAUCAGAAAAUGAGGAUAGAUCAAAUAUUUCAACCCCUCCACCCCCACCACCUGGCUUAAUGAUGCCACCAAUGGGCAUGCCACAACAAAAUUUCGCUCAGCCACCUCCAGGAGGACUUGGUCCAAGAGGUAUGAUGGGCCAAUUCCCACCUCCUCCUCCAGGUAUGCAAGGCUACCCACCAAUGGGUAUGCCAAUUAUGGGUAUGCCAAAUACUCAAAAUAAAUGUAAUGAUAAAAGAAAUUCCUCAACGACUGAAGGAGAUAAUAAUACUAAUAAUGCUAAUGACGCUAAUUUAAAACAGUUUAUUCCCAUGAUGCCUCCACCACCACCAGGUUUUAUGCCAAUGGGAGGUAUGCCAAUGAAUUUUAAUGGUAAUAUGCAAUUUCCUCCUAAUGGCAUGAUGAUGCAACAUAUGCAACCACCAAAUAAUAAUAACCCCGGUGACAGAGACGGUAAUGAUACAAAUAAUGGAACUAAUAACGCUCAAAGAUUCUUUCCUAUGAUGCCGCCAAACCCAAACCAGGGAUUUCCUAAUGUCCCACCGUCUGGUAUUCCAAACAGAACCGGCCAAGAAAAACAAUAA